UACUUAUGUUAUAUACCAUCAUUUGCGUCCAAUGUUCAGUACUGUUCAGUACCAUUCAAUGAUUCAAUACGAUUCAGUAUGUAUGGUUGUGUAUGGUUGUCAUAGGAUUUGAGGAUUAUUUUAAUGCGACAUGAAUGUUGUGCUUGUAACCGGCGGUACGGGACUCGUAGGUAGAGCCAUUCAAGAUCUUGUCGAGCAUGACAAAAGAAAAAAUGAGAAGUGGAUAUUCAUUGGAUCCAAAGAUGCGGAUUUGCGCGAUAGGGAAAGUACACGGAGGUUAUUCGAUGCUCACAGACCGACACAUGUCAUUCACUUGGCUGCUAUGGUCGGUGGUCUCUUUCACAAUAUGUCACAUAACUUAGACUUUUUGAGGAAUAAUAUACUCAUGAAUGACAAUGUUCUGCAUACUGCCCAUGAGUAUAAUGUUGUGAAGGUUGUUUCGUGUCUUUCUACUUGUAUAUUUCCUGAUAAGACUUCCUAUCCAAUAGAUGAAACUAUGGUUCACAAUGGACCUCCACAUCCUUCGAAUUAUGGUUACAGUUAUGCCAAGCGACUCAUAGAUAUUGCUAACAGAGGUUAUUAUGACCAGCAUGGGAGACUGUAUACUAGUGUAAUUCCUUGCAAUGUCUUUGGCCCACACGAUAAUUUUUGUCCUAGUGCCAGUCAUGUAAUACCUGGGUUAAUGCGAAGACUGUACGACUUGUGUAAAGAUGGAAAUACAGAAGAUAAGGUAUUCACUGUAUUGGGUUCUGGCAAACCUCUGAGGCAAUUUAUUUAUAGCAAAGACUUAGCAAAAUUAAUUAUUUGGGUGCUGUGGGAAUAUGAUUCCGUGGAACCCAUUAUAUUGUCAGUGGACGAAGCACAAGAAAAAUCUAUAGCACAAGUGGCAGAGACGCUUGCGCAAACUUUUGACUUUAAGGGAAAGGUGGUGUAUGACACGUCAGCAGCGGAUGGACAGUAUAAGAAAACGGCAAGCAACGCAAAGUUACGAAAAUACCUACCCGAUUUUCAGUUCACACCAUUUGAACAAGCGAUUAAAGAGACUGUUGAUUGGUACAACAGAAACUAUGAUCAAGCGAGGAAUUGAAGCAGUGGAUUUGCAAAUUUUUACGGUAAUAGUGUGAUAAUUUAUACUUCCAACAUGAAGUUUUGAAUUUCAGAUUAUUGAAAUUCAAAUUAGCAUUAAGCAAUGUAAAAGUUACUUGUUGGUGAACAAUAAGAUUAAAAAAACGUAUGAAGAUUGAUGGGUAUCAUAUAAUUUUAUCACAUAUUGUAAAAAAAAAAUUAUUUUUGAAGUAAAUUAUCUUUGCAAAAC